AGGAAAUGGCAGACAGGCAGGCGAGGAGGCUUCGGGAGGAGAGAGGCCCAUCAUCACUUGCAGGGGCUGCCGCUCAGGGGCAGCAGUCUGGCAGGGCUCCCUCCUGCUUCAGUCCCGGGCUGGCAGCCUCUCCAUGUCGCAGCCGGCCUGGGGAAGACGACUCAUCAGCAGCUGGAGGACGGAGAGGGUGGCUCCGUAGAAGGAGCUCUCUGGCCAGGCUUCCCUGUUGAAUCAUGUCAGAGAGACCUUUCUCAUGGCUGCAGGAAGAGCUGAGAAAACUUGUAGCUCAGUGGUCGAGCAUCUGCUUGCAGACAGAAGGUCCCAGGUCUCUCUAGGAUGGGCUGGGAAAGACUCGAGCCUGAGAUCGAUCAAGGGUCAGACUCAGUAUAAGGCAGUUUCCGAUGUCCCUAAUGACCCCACCAGAGGAGGAGCCCCACCAGAGAAGAUUGAGCUGGAUGCACCCAGGAUCUCUAGAAGUUAGCCUAGUCUUGAGGCUGAAAGGUCUUACCCUGGAAUUCUGGUGGGUGGGCUAAGCUGUCCCGCUAUUGGGCACUGGAAAAUUAUGAGGGGUGGUGGUAUUUGGUGCUGAGAAAUCGUGAUUCAAAAGUCUGCAAUGUACUGACCUUAGAAACUCUUCCAUUUCCCCUGACCACCACUAGGAAUCCAUACUGCUGGGUGUGAUGGACCAGUCAUCUCACUCAGGAUAAGACACUGUUUGAAAUCCAUAUAUAGGGGGAUCCUACAUCCCAGCAAGCAUGAAUAAGGGGAUUGCACAGAAAGGCUCUUGACUGUAAAAUGAUGGAAAAAGGGACACUUGAGUGUUCCAGACUGGAGACCCAUCCUGUGGCAGCUUCACCCAUCCUGCAGCAGUUUCAUUGGUUACUGGUCUGCUUCUGGGCUCGAUCGAAGGUGCUGGUCUUGACCUUUAAAACUCUACACGGCUUCGGCCAGGGGUACCUGUCGGACCGGAUUCGCCCCUAUGAAUCUGCCAGGGCCCUCCAUUCAUUGUCUCCGGCCCUGCUCGUGGCCCCGCCACUAAGAGAAAUACGGUUGGCGGGUACUGGACACAGGGCCUUUUCUAUUGUGGCCCCUCAGCCUUGGAACACCCUCCCUGAAGAGCUUUGCUAUUCUUCCUCUCUCUGUGUUUUUUAAAAAACAACUAAAGACACACAUUUUAAGGAGGCUUUUUAAUUCUCCAUCUUUAGUUCUGUCUGGGAGAAGCUGGAGUUUGAAUGUGAAUGAUAUGCUUGUCUGGAAACAACAACAACUUUCAAAACCACCAGCAAACGGGCCUUGGCCUUGUGUGACUCAGAGGUGGAUUCAUCACAUUCUUCUUGCCCUGGGCAGAAAAGUAGCAUUAGAGGAAGAAGAGCUUUUGGGUGUGUUGGGAGCUUAAGCUGAGCUUAGAGAGACCAUGGAUGUGCCAAGCCCAGCAAAGAGUGGAUCAGGGAAGGGAACAGAAAAAGGCCCUCCAGCCAUCCAGUCUGGCAAUGAUAAGGGAUUCUGGGAAAGAACUGUGCAGAAGAUCCUGGGAGGAGACAGCAGCAGCUCAGAUGUCCAGGUCAGGAGAUUCAGACGGUUCAGGUACUGGGAAGUUCAAGGUCCCCGAGAGGUUUGCAGCCAACUCCACCACCUUUGCAAGCAGUGGCUGGCGCCAGAGAGACACACGAAAGCUCAGAUGCUGGACCUGGUGAUCCUGGAGCAGUUCCUGGCCAUCCUGCCCCCGGAGAUGGAGAGCUGGGUGAGAGAAUGCGGAGCGGAGACCAGUUCCCAGGCGGUGGCCCUGGCAGAAGGUUUCCUCCUGAGCCAGGCAGAGGAGAAGAAGCAGGAAGAGCAGCAGACAGAUGGGAUGUUAGCCCAAGCAGCCCCUGAGCUCCGAGAUUCCAAGAGAGCUCUGUUGGUGACCCGGCAGAAGCUGCUGUUCAGAGGGAUUAUGCAGGAGAGUGACGGAGGCCCCAUUGCGCUGGGUAAGGAUAAAGGCAGUGAAAUGACGCUGGUGACUCCUCCUGGACCUUCUCGUCUUACUGGUGGAGUGAAAACUGUGGCUGUGCACUCACCGGAUCAGGUAGGAGAAGGAUCCCUGCUGGGGAGAGAAGACCUCGCCUCUCUCUGGACCCCACUGAGCCUCACUCAGAGGGGCUCCCUUCUGACUCUGAAAGCCACAGAAGAAAUGUUGGGCCCUCCAGGAGAAUCUUGAGCCUCCCCCUUUCUGGCAAGACUGAUGGAGAUACAGUGAGGUGGUUCUCAGGACCAGCCCUUCCUGGGUAAGGCAGUGCUAGCCUGGGAAAGGCUGGUGGUGAGAAGCACUGCGAUGGCUCCCGAUCCCGGUGCUCCUCUUCCAGGUAACCCCCCUUGGAAACCCUGUCUCAAAGUGAGGUAGGAGGUCACGUGCACACUUCCUCCCUCACUGCCCGGUUGUAUGUCCCAUUGGGGCUCUAGAAAUGGCCACCGGGAGUGGUGACCAUAGAGCCCUGACUGCUGAGCGGCCAGGGAGAGGAGCCCUUCUGUUUUGUAGCAGGCUUCCUUUCCACUGCCCACACAGGGCAUUGUGGGAUGAGGGAGGACUUCCUCCUUCCAAUCCCACCUCAGGCAACUAAAGCAGUGCCGCUCCAGUGAGCAUGUGACUGGUGGCACCCUGGCCCAACUCCGCUUGUGGUGGGGAAGGUAAGUCGAUCCUGCCUCCCCCCUCAGCUCUCCCCAGCUUCACGUGACCAACCUUCACGUUGUAUUGCUCUUUUCAGGAGUCUGUGGUCUUGGAGGAGGUGGCCGUGUGUUUCUCCGAGGAGGAGGCGGCUCUGCUGGAUCCAGGCCAAAGGGCUCUGCACAGGGAUGUCCUGGAGGAGAU